CUGGCUCGAAGGCCUAUUUUGUUUUUUAGAACUUUUGUUCAUUCAAAUUACAAAUUUCGUUAAGAAACAGUACUUUAAAAGAGAGAAAUGAGUUAUAGAGCUCCAGAUGACUAUGUAUGGGAGGAUAAUGUUAUCUAUCCAGGUUUUGUUCCGGCUUCCAGUCUACGAAAAAUUAUGUACAACUUCCAAAUGGGCGAGGGUGAUGUUUUAAUUUCGACUUUUAUGAAAUCCGGUACUACCUGGAUGCAAGAAAUUGUUUGGUUAAUUAUGAAUUUUAAAGAUAUUGAUGCAGCAAAAAAGAUAGAGAUUUAUAAUGCAAUUCCUUAUAUUGAAAUAGAUGUAAACGGAAAUAAUUAUGAGAAUUUACCCAAAGAACCACCAAGGCUAAUGAAAACUCAUUUACCUUCUUAUUUCUUUGAAAAACACUUCAAUUCUGGAGCAAAAUUUAUCGUAGUUGUAAGAAAUCCUAAAGAUCUGUUGGUUAGCUUAUAUAGCUUUAUUCAAAUGAAUAAAACGAUGGGAAAUUUUGAUGGAUCAUUUGAGGAGCUUUUUGAGACUUUUAUACAGAGGAAGCUACCUUACGGUGAUCCAUUAGAUUUCAUCGCUAAUUGGUGGAAAUUUAAAGACCAUCCUAAGAUACUAUUUAUGCAUUAUGAAGAGAUGAAAAGAGAUUUACAACGAUGCGUCAAGCUUGUUUCAAAAUUUCUUGAAAUUGAUUUGAAUGAUGACCUGAUAAAAGAAAUAGCAAACAAUACAACUUUUGAAGCUAUGAAGUCAAAUGCGGCAACAAAUUAUACAAUGAUUGAUAGUUUUGAUUGUAACGUCAGUCCAUUUAUGAGGAAAGGAAUUGUAGGAGAUUGGCGGAAUGUGUUGAAUGAUGAUCAGUCGAGUUUGAUAGACAAAAGAUGCAAAGAACUUUACGAAACGACAAAUUUUCAAUUCCAAUUCGAAUAAGAAACACAACGAGAAGGCUAUAACGAUGGAAAUUAUAAUGAAGAUUAUUAUAUUUACAAGUAUUAUAUCUAUGGUGAUACUUAACAAAUUAAAUACAAAGUUGCUUUUUACGAGCUUAUCUUGAUUUUAAAUCAAUUGCUAAAUGAGUUUCUCUAGAUAGAAAUUUUUCCUAGUAACCUAUUCAAUAACUUUCAUUAAUGAAAUUUUUCCAGGUUAAAGAGAAACUGGAGAUGAUAUAUUAUUCAAUUGGAUUUAUGAAAACAAGAAAUAACUACGAAUAUUUAAUUAUCCAUCAGUUCUAUGUCUCGAAAUAUACGCCUUCAAACAGUUGAAUAUCAUAAAACAAUUAAAUUUAGCAUAUCGAUAGAUAGACAAAUUUACAACAUGAAAAUGCACUUUUAUUAAAUUUUCAUUUGAAAUCAAAUAAACGAUAAAUAAACAGUAAGGAAAACAAUUUGAAAAGUUCUAUCCAGGUUUCAUUUUCCUUUGUGUGUCUGCUUUAUUAAGUAUUUUUGUUUGGUUUUGAUUUAAUGGUUUUUAAUUCUUGAUUUUCUUUCUUUACAUAACAUUAUUUCAUAUCAUUCGUCCAUCUACAGCUUUUUAAUUUCCAGACUUCUUUCUAUAAAAAUUUUAGGGAGAAGAAAUCUAUGAAAAGUUGCUUUCAAAUAUAAAAUUUUUUCUCUUUUUACCUGAUAAGCGGAGAUAAGAAAUUGAACUUUGUGAAAUGAAUCUUUACAGAAGGAAGACAAUCCAUUUCUCUUGCCAGGAGAACCAGCACUGCCCCAUCCUAGGGUUUGAGUUAGUUGUCCUUCAGCAUUAGAUAAUAAUAACACAAGAAUUGAUAAAAUAGCAAACUUUAUCGGUUUCAUUCUUUUAAAUCAACGUUCGAGACGACUGCAAAUCGGAGAUUGGUUGGUUUGUAAUUUCUUGUCUGUUUAUAAAGUAUUACAGGCUAGUUAAUGAGUGAAAGUCUAUAGCUCUAAAGAGAAA